CUAUGACUUAUUAUUGUCUCCCGCUAAGUAUAGUCGAUAAAGUUACAACGUUUGCAAAACGGGCUACCCGGGCUUUAAAGGUGUCACAGUGAUAAAAAGAAACACAAAACAUACAGGCAUUAUGUAAUGAGGGCAAAUUCGACUUCUAAAAGAUGGAAGUAUCUGGAAAAAAGAAAGAUUCAGUUGAAAGUUAUUCAGAUUGCGCAGAUGAGGUAGAUCCUCAGAUAUAUUGUAAUCCAUGCAGUAAAGAUGGUUCGCGAAUUACAGCACAUAGCUUCUGUCAAGACUGUAUGGAACAUCUAUGUGAGAGCUGUUACAACACGCACAGAAAAUCAGCACCAUGCAAGAACCAUGUCCUACUAGAAAAGUCCCAGAUGCCCAAAACUCAGAGUUCAGGACAUCUUCAAGUUCCACAUGACCUUACACAACAUUGUCUGUUGCAUAAAGGUAAACUGAUUGAGUACAUCUGUCAUGAUCACAAUGUCCUCGGCUGUAGUCCAUGUAUUACACUCAACCACAGAUACUGCAAGAUAGACCACAUACCGGACGUCUCUAAAGAGUACAGGACAAGUGACGAGUACAGAGAUUUUGUACAAUCUCUAGCAGCCCUUCAGAAACAGUUCAAAACCAUUAUUGAAGAAACAAAGGCUAACAAAAAGAAGAUCAUGCAGAACAAAUCAAUUGUCAAAGAUGAAAUCAGGAAGUUUCGACAAGAAAUUGACAACAUGUUUGAUAACCUAGAGACAAGCCUUAUGAAACAUGUCGAUGACAUUUUGUCCGAUGAGACUGCAAGAAUUAAAUCGUUAACUUCGAAGUCUAUCAAAUUAGAGAAAGAUAUUGAACAACUUCAGAAUGAAAUCAGCAAACUGGAGAGGGCCAAUAAAACCAAUGCGCUAUACAUCCAUUCUAAAGCAAAUAAAGUAAUCGUACAGAAGUUUACAUCUGCUGAGAAAGAAGCACAUGAAGAGAACUACAUAAACAACUAUGUCUUCACACCCAAUUUGCAUUUUAAGGAAAUACUAGGAUCAAAAGCAGGAAUCGGUGAACUGCAAAGAAUUAAAAUAAGAGGACCUCGCCGCAAAAGUUUUAUAACCGAUGCUGCUUCCUUUGAAACACUAAAAAUAAAGUAUACAGAUGACAUAGAUGUCCAAACUUCGUCAGAUAAAUUGAAUUGCUGUAUUUCGGGAGCAGUGGUUAUCACUGAUGACACUGUUGCAGUUGUUGAUCACAAUAAUUGUGCUGUCAAAAUAGUUGAUACAAAAAUAAAGAAGAUAAUCGCUGAGAAAAGGUUACAUGAUUGUCCAGAAUGUUUAGAAUUAAUUCCGGAAAAUAAACUUGCAUUCACUAUUCCCUAUAAAAGAACAAUUACGUUCCUGUCAAUACAAAAUGGACUGUCAGAGGUCCGGCGUCUAAAAGUAGAUGGCAGGUGCAGAGAUUUAGUAUUCCACGACAAUAAACUAAUUGUUUCAUUCGAGAUGCCAGGUAAAGUUCAAAUCAUGGACUUAGAUGGCCAUGUUUGUCAAGCUGUAGAGAAAGAUUUCUAUGGUGACGAAUUAACAUUUCCGUAUGUCACAUUUGGUAUCAAGAGUAGCAUUUAUAUCUCGGACAAAAGUAAAUCUACAAUUACAAGUAUGAAUCUUAAUGGAGAGGUAUUGAAGGGGUACAAAGAUGAACGCCUGCUUGCACCUUGUGGAAUGGUUGUUCUAGAUGACGGCUCUAUUUUGGUUUGUAGCAGUAGAAACAACAGCGUUAUUUUGAUAUCAGAAAACCUUCAAAAAAGUAGAGUGAUACUUGAUAAAGACGAUGGCUUGCUCUGUCCGUGGUCUCUGGCUUUAGAUAGAGAAAAAAACAAGUUAUAUGUAGGCAGUGGUCAAUUUUGUAAAUUUCUGAAAGUAUAUGAUUUGAAUUAAAUAAUAUACAAAUGGACAGAACUUUGAAAGACUGCGAUAUAGGAUAUAGACGUUUGUCGUGAAUAAAUAACUCACGCAUGAAUUAUGUCAUUUAAACUACAUUCAUUUAUGACGAGCUCUCCACAUCUGUUGCUUAAUUGGUUAUUCGUCAUUACCAUAGAGAACUAUUUAUUCUUAAUUUGUGCAUGUAAUAACCAAGUAUUGGUGUGAACAUGACAGUUUAAAACUGUGUGUACUAACAUUGUGUACUAAAACGGUUAUCAGUAUUUACAAACUCAUAUUUAAUAAUGAACACACAUUUACAAGAUUUAUGACCGUUCAUUACAUUACUUUUGUGUUUGUGAUAUUUUAGUUUUUAUUUCUUUUUGGGUGGUUCUAAUAUUCUCAAAUUAAAUAAUGUUUAAUCGCCUUUGUGACAUGCUGUCUGCUUUUUGACGUAUGCCAGUGAUAAACUGGCUUCAUAAAACUUUUUUAAAAUUUUUAUUUUAAUUCUUUCCGUAAGAGCAUGUCUUGUCUUUAAAUUUGUGGCCGCUUUGGUUGGAAGGUCAAGCACGAGUCACAAAAAUGGUUCAAUGAUAACCGCCGCAUGAACGCAUCUGCAGAUGUUUUUAAUUCUAAAUGUCACAAUUAUUAUACAUUGUAUUUAAAUGUUGAAUUUUGCUAAAGCCUGGUUCAGAAAAAAUGGACAGAAGCUUGAUUAUUCCACCAUCGUCCAAAAACCUACAUGAAAAGCUUUGCAUUUACACCACAGAUGAAUCUACGGGAGUACUCGGAUCAAAAGCAGGAAUCGGUGAACUGCAAAAAAAGUGAUAUUGAACGAAAAGUAAGAACCGAGGCUGAUUACUUUGAAACACUUCCUGUUAUGUAUUCAGAUCAAAUAGAUGUCAAGAGUCCAACAGAUGAAAUGAUUGUUGUAUUAUGGGAGCAGUGUUUAUUAUUAAGGACACGGUUGCAAAAAUGAUUCUAAAAAUAGUGCUGUAACAAUUGUUAAAACAAAGAUAAAAAAUAUAAAUUCCGACAAAAGAUUAUUUGAUUAUCCAUAUGAUUUUAAAUAACUUAAAAAUGAUGCACUAGCAGUCACUGUAAUAAAAAGAAAAACAAUCA